AAAGUUGAAGGAAGCGAAGGAAAAAUUAAAGCAUUUACAGAAUCUGGUAGCAAUAGUUCAGCAUUCUCCAGGUAUGGCAGAUGAGUUACCUGAUAAUCUAGCUGAGAUUGCUGCAAGCAUCGAGGAUGUUGAGUCACAGCUCACCCAGACUGAUGAUAGAAACAACGCCAGUGAGGGAGAAGUUCCUAAUCAGGCUGAACGAGAUGCUUAUUACCAGAUAAAGAUGGAAGAACAGAUGAAUGAGUUAGAAGAGUUGAAGAAUGAGAAAUCUCGUCUUCUAACCAUACAAUCUCAGUUACAAUCUCUACAUGACAAGUUCUCACAGGAAGAAGCAAGUAGACAAGCAGUAGGAGGCCAGGGAACAAGGGAAGGCACAAGACCCAAAUCUCCUAUGCAAUCAGAGCCUGAUGGUCAGCAACAAUCAGGUGGUCCAAGUGUUACCUUUUCAUCCAACGAUGAGGUGUAUUACAAGAUGCGAAAUCAGCGUAUGCUACGAGAGGAAUUGAGGGACAAGAAAAAACAACUAGAGUCUAUUAUGAAAAAAGACAGAAAUAAAAAACAGUAUUACAAAAAUCAGGAUAACCAGAGUGAUACAGUCUCCUACAGCACGGAAAUGUUUGGUAUUGGAGCAAGUGUUGAUCAAACAAUGGCAACAUGGGGAGGUUCUACUGUAGAUAACCUGGAAAGUAUUACAGAAGAUGGUGCUGCACAAGAUAAUGAUGACGAUGAUGAUGAAGAAGAUGAUGAUGCUUACCCAAUAGAUGGUAUUCUUCAAGUUGAAGAGGAGGAAGAAGAGAACCAAUCUGAUAAUGAGACAUACACAAUAGAAGAUGAUGUCAGACAGAGACGUAAAGCUCGUGCCAUGGCCAAGUCAAGUAACCCUGACACUAACCCACGUAAAGGCAAAAGAAGUUUUCCUAGGCCUAGUAGACCUGCUGAUACAAGACCAAAGGAAGCAUGGACCGGACCUCCUGAUUUCAAUAAAUGGUCAAGAAAAGGAAGGAAAAAUAGACAAGAGAAUUAUAGAUCAGCAGAAGAGAUAGUGCAAGAAGAUGAGGAACCUGGGAAUAAAUCUGCUAUGGAAGAACUUCAGAGGAAAUUAGAGGAAACAUCAAUGUUAUGUCAGUCCUUGCUUGGAGAAAACCAGUCUGGUCCUCUUCUAGGUCGACAGACAGCAGCAGGAUUUGGUAGCCAUGGGCAGUUAGACUUACAACAACAACUUCAGCAGCAGCAGUUAAUGAUGAGUCUAAACCAGUGCUACCAGCAGAUAUCAAUGCAACAGAUGGAGAUGCAAAACAUGCAGCGGCAAAUGCAAGCUCUAGUCUACCAACUUGCUGAGGGAGAUGUCAACGAAUCUGGGUUUUCGUCAGAUCUUAGAGUGCGUUCCUUAUCAUCAUUGUAUAGUCCAAUGAUGCCUAGGCAGUCUCCUAGUGUAUUUCUACCACCAGUUGGAGAUGCAUUUCAGUUUAAUCCAGUCUAUCAACAUAUGUCACCAACCAGUAACCCACUGUUGCGUCGUGCUGCUGAUCCAGAGUCUGGUAACAGAUCAGAUGUAGCUGAAAGUCAAGACAGACAGAGAAGAUCAUCAAAGCAGUCAGGAAGGGAUUCUUAUUCUCAAAGAAGUAAAAAGAAAUCAGUGAGCCCUCAACAGUUGAAUAAUGUAUCAUCAAGAAGGGCAAAGAAUACCUCAGUACAAACAUACACAGAGGCUGAGGAAGAAGAGGAGGAGGAAACAAUGGUGUUUUCUUCUGAAAGAGAAACAUUUGAAGACUAUCUUUCUAGGAAAAGGAGAGAGUUUUUAGAAAGAAAUAAUUUACAGGAUAGAUCUCAAAGGCAGACUAAAGACACAGGUACAAAAAGAGGCAGUAAAUCAAAGUCAUCAAGUAGUGACAAGGAGGUGUAUAGGCCUGGGUUGAGUGCAGGGAUAAGUGGAGCAGGGUAUGCUGAAGAUGGGCGGAGCAUUACAAGUAGUAUACAGUCUAGUGUUGCUGCAGUGUCUCAAGCUAAUCAAGCAGAAAUGAGAGAAUCUACAAGAGAUACAGAAGAUCCUAUGGAGAUGUCAUUGUUUGAGACUUUGCGGGAAAACAUUUAUUCUGAGGUAGCCACGUUAAUAUCUCAGAAUGAGAAUCGCCCUCACUACCUGAUAGAGUUAUUUCGAGAACUCCAAUUAUUGACCACAGACUAUCUAAGACAGAGAGUGCUGUAUGAUAUUAAAGAUGUUGUCUCAAAAUAUCUAGUAGAGGAGAAUUCUGUUUCUGCUCCACCACCACCAUGGUUGAAUACAGUCAGUGGUAAUUUCACCAAUGCAGAGCUAACACCAAGUGAGAGUAACGUAACUACGGAUGACGAGGAAAUCAAGUACCUGUUACAGACAAAAUUAAAAAUGAAAGUAGCUGCUAACCUUGUUGCUAAGGAACGACAGAAGACAUCACAGUUGAUACGAACUGGUUCACUGAAGAAUGACAAAUAUGAUUAUCAGGAACCGGCUGAGAUUGAUAGCUCAGUCUCAACACCUUCUAACUCUUUUUGGGACAACCCCUUCAACUCAGACUCUUUAGGAGAAACAGUUAUACAUUUGGAUAAGACAUUAGAAAAAAUGAAAGAGUAUGAAAAGAGACUAGCUGCAAAGAAUGAGAAGGUGAAAACUGCAGGUGAGUCACAAACAGCAGACAUGAAUGAGGUGAGCAGCUCGGCCAUGGACCAGGGAGAUGAGAGCUCUGUUAACUCUGAUUCUGUGCCAUACCCUAGAAUAGAUACCCAACAACUAGACCAGCAGAUCAAGUCCAUCAUGACUGAAGUUAUACCAGUGAUUAAGGAGCAUAUGGACAACAUGUGUUCUCCCCAGCUUCUAGCUUACAUCAAGAGACUUGUUCUAUCUCUCACCAGACAAUAUGACAGUGGUGAGGAGUUUGCCAGAUUCUUCCAUAGACAACUUGGCUCAAUUCUACAAGAUACACUCGCAAAAUAUGAAGGAAGAAAAAUGCGAGAAUGUGGUGAAGAUUUAUUGGUUGACAUGUCUGAAGUUCUGUUUAAUGAACUAGCAUUCUUUAGGUUGAUGCAAGAUCUAGAUGAUCCUCUUAUAGCUGAGAAAAUGAAGAAAGCUGAUGCUAUAUCUGACUCGGAAGGGGAUACAGGUAGAGAUAUAGACAAGGAAGAUGAUGAUGAGAACAGUGAUUCUGAUGAUGAAUCUGAUACAACAGAAACUACAGCUAAUGCUAGUGAUAACCAGGAUGAUACUAGACCAACACAAACUGAAGAAGAAGAUCUCGGGAAGGCAAGAGAUGAUGAGCUGGCUAAUGAAGUAGAGGUACAGGAUGCUGAUGAUAAAGAUGAAGAUCCAGAAUCUCCUUUUAAAGGUGUACAGAUUGAGCUGGCACCUAGUGAAACCAAACCAUACACUAGAAUUGGUAGUGAUGAAGAUGAUGAAAGUGCUGAUGAUGAAUCUCAGAGUAAUGAAGAUGAUCCAAGUGAGACAGCAGUGUCCAUAAACGCUCGUAGAAUCACAGACUCUAUCUACACUGAUGAUAAUGAAGAUGAUGCUACACAACAAGAUGGGUCCAUAGAAACAGGGGCAACAAAUGAGAAUAUGGUACCUGUUUCAUCACUGGGACAAGAUCAGGGCAAAGAUGCUGACCAGGGAGCUAGCAGUGGGAAAGUUGAGACUCAGUUAACUGAAUAUAUGAAUGGUGACCUAAGCCCUGUGGAAGCUAGUGAACACAUGAAUGGAGAUAUCCUAAAUGGAGACAUAGAAGUUAUUACAAUGGAUGAUUUGCCAGCUUCACUCACAGUCAUCUCAUCUGAGGAUUUACAACAGAAGUUAACUCAAGAACAACAAAAUAAUUCUGGUGCAGCUGCAGUGUUAGGAACUUUCGAAACAUCACAAGAACUUGCUGGAGAUCCCCAGUUUUUGAAGGAACCUGAUGAGGCAAGUGGUUGAAGAGAAGAAGUUUUCUAGUGAUAGAAUAUCAUCAUUAUUAUUUGUGAAGAAAAAGAAUGACAUUACAGUUCAACAUAUGGAGGUUUCAGUGAUUUUAUUGAACUAUUGUGACAGUUGUUAAUAAGAUAUUGAAAUAUUCACAGUUGAUUAAAAUUUCUAUUUAUUUUGUUUGUGAUAGAUUUGAGUAUUUACAUGACCUCUUGGGUAGAGAUAGAGUUAUUAUAUAAGGUUUGAUAUUUGAUUACAUUGUUUAUGUGUUAUAGGUUGUGUUCCUUAUAUCUGACAUUUUCUGAAUCUCAGAGAUAAAUUUAAUCUGUCUUAAUUAGAAAACACUUUAUUUUUUUCAACAAAUGUUAAAAUCUUUGGGUAUUUUGAAGAAUACAGAAAUAAUAAAUUUUCGAGAAUACAGAAAUAAUAAAUUUUCGAAUUCUGUAUUUAUUUUUAAAUUAUUGUCUUGUUUCAUUAUUGAUUUUUUUUUAUCAAUAAACGUUUGUGCUUAAAGAAAUAAGGAGUCCUAAUAGAGAAAUAAUGUUAAAAUCAUGAUUAUUUCCUCACAUGCCCAGAUUUCAUUGUAUAACUAUUGCUUUUAAAUAUUUGUUUAUUGGUCUUUGUUUAUGAUCAAAACAUAGAUUAAUAGUAAACAUAAUUAUAAGAGCCUUGUUUUGUGGUUAAUGUUGUGACCAAAGAUUAUAAAACUCAAGAUACAUCUAAUUUUUUAUUUCUGGGCUUGGGGUUGAAAAAUGGUCCCUUUAUUGAGGUUAAUUUCCUAAGCUUGUUUAUAAGUUUGGCUAAUAGCAGUGGCUAAUAGUUUAGGAAUGUUUGUCUCAACUUGUAGAUUCAAGCUCCUCAACUUGGUCCACUACCAUUUUUCCUCGCAAGCAACAAGUACAUUCUAACAACAAUACAUCUAGAUUAACACCAUGAAAAGUUUAUUUCACGAUCAAAAUUAGGUAUAUGAAGGAACGACAGUUCAUGUUUAAUGAAGAGAAAAAUCAAAUAUAUUUGAUGAUUUAUAUAUAUGUGUGUACAUAUUGAAACAAAAACCCCUUGUUGUGAUCUGUUUGAAUUGAGAUGUUUACUUUGUAUGAAUUUUAAUGCAGAUAUAUUGUGUGAUAGCAUUGAUGCAUUCCAUUAAAGACAGAAAUGUGAGGUGUACUAUACAGUGUUUAUACCAUAUAUAUUGUGCUUUGAUGACGAAAACAUCUUGAAAAUGUUAUUUGAAAUUAUGACUUUGUCGAAUUAGAAAGUUAAAAUUACUGAUUGUGAAAUUGACUAUAUAAAGAGAACUUACUAAUUUAAUUGUGAAAAGGUCAGUGGAAAAGAUUUCUUUUUCAGAAUGCUAUUUUAAAAAAUAAAUUUAAGAUUAUACAGUUAGAUGUUAAUUUGUUAGUGAUAUUUUUCUAUAUUUAAUAAAAGUUUGUUAUUUCUCUUGUUCAAUGUAUUUUAUUACCUAUCACAAUCUAGUUUUUAUGCUCCCCGCUUUGUCAGUCCGUCUGUACGUCCGCAUUUAUUGUCCGGGACAUAACUUUAAAACAACAAGAGGUAUCAACAUGAAACUUUGUAGGUAGAUCUCAUUAAGUAGGUGUGCAGUGCAAAUAAACCAUAACUCUGCCUUGCCUGAUUUUGGAGUUUUUGCCCUUUGUUCAUUUUUUAAUAAUUUCCUUUGUCCAAAACCUUCUCGGGGAGCAUCAGCUGGUUCUUGUUUCUUAUAUUUUCCAUAACCUUAUCACUGGAAUUACAAUGAAAUCUGUAGCUACAAAGGUAUUAAUAAUGUAUAUCAACUAUACUGAGAGUUUAGAAGUUACGUACACCUGGGGCAAAAGAAAAUAUGAAUUUUAUUUUUUAAUUUUUAUCUUGACUUAAUAGUUUUUGAGAGCAUGAAUAGGUAGAGCUAAGAAACAAUUAAAGCAAUUUGAAAGAAAAAUAUAUGAUUAUACUUGAAUUUUGUCAGCUUGAAUUUAAAUAUUUGGAUAUUAUCUGAGCAGAGUCUCAGUUUCAUUUUUUAUUUUGAUUCUAUUUUUAUAAUAUAAUAGUAAUUCUCCACAUGAUGUAUAAGGCCUAUACACAUACAUGUAUUCUAUAUAUAAAUGCACAAAUACAUGAUUUAUUAAUGAAUGUAUCUCUCACUGGUUUUCUAGAAACUGUAUUUUAUAUUAUAUCUGUAUAAACAGCCAUUUUCAUCAUUGUAUGGUUAUUUUGCCACAGGAAAGAUGUAAAAACAUAUUCAGUAUCUGUGAUUUGAGUGCAUUUCGUCCAUAGUAAAUUGUUACUUGUAGUUAAUAAUUAGAAGGUAUGUCCUAAAACAGUUUAAAUUUCUAAAGUGUUUUUUAGUUAUUUCUUUGUAUGUCAAAGUGACACUUUAUACAAAAAAACAAUGUUAGCCUGUUUUAAUGGCAACACACAAAAUAAUGUUAAUGCUGAAUAUUACGUUUCUAUUAGAAAGUUUCAUUGUGUAUUUUAUAAGAAAUAAUUAACAUGAUUUACUAUGGAAAUCACUUUUCUCCUUAUUUCAUAAUUUUUGAUUUAUUUUGGCAAUUUUAACAUCAUUUUAUUUUCAAAGGAGAGCUGUCUUUGUCAAGUUUUUUUUCCGAGACAUUUUUAAUUCAUUAUGGGAGAAAUUAUUUUGUUAACUAAACCGUUUAAGAGUCAGUUGUAUGGUUAUUAUACAUGUUUACCUUCAGUAUAGAACCAGGCUAGUCUGUUACCUAUAGUUAAACCAUGCAUGUUAUACUGUUGCUGUAUUAAUAACCUUUAUGCUGAACACUCUGAUCUACUUCUAGUUUGUUAAAAAAUCAAAGCAGGACAUGUAACUAAUACAUGGUUAAUAUUACUUUAUUUGACAUUGUCUUUUUGUCUCUAAUAUUGUUGUGAGAUCACACAUUCAGCCAUCACGUCAUCUGAUGUUAACAAUUUAAAAAAAUAAAAGUUGUCACAUAA